GACAGUAGUACAUCGGCGACAGUAUCGACUCUAUUACAGGAGGACCACUGUUGUCAGUCUCUGAGGCGGACUGCUGUUGUUCAGAGUCCCGUAAACUGACCCUGUACCUUACCGCCGGUGCAUCUCUGAAAAUAUCCAGAAUAUUGUUUUUGAGGAGCAAGACCAUUUCCGUUUUCAAAAGCAACAUAGUCUGCGGGUCGUGAAGUCGGUUGUGUCAGCCCCUUUUUCCCAGGGACGCACAAAAGACGCACUCCCAAGUCCACCUGGAUAGCUGAACAAAGCCGUCCGGUCCGGUUCGAGGUCCAGUGGGGAGAGACGGUGAGGAGAAAUUAGCGCGGGAGGCAAGUGCAAGAAACGGAGAAGACAGGAUGAAUCUCAAGAGUCAUCUGAUUUUCACCCUCUACACUAUUUAUGGGAUUCUUCUGAAAGUGAUGGCUUCAAAAGGCAAAGUUCGAGGCAUCAGUGGUCAGUACCCUCUGGUUCAGAAUGUGACGGUGACAGAGGGUGGGACGGCGAACCUGACCUGCCGUGUGGAGUACAAUGACAACACCUCCCUCCAGUGGUCAAACCCGGCACAGCAGACCCUCUUUUUCGGGGACAAGAAAGCUUUAAGGGACAACAGGAUUGAGCUGGUGCGUGCAUCAUGGUCGGAGCUGACCAUCAGCAUCAGUGAUGUCACACUGUCUGAUGAAGGCAUGUACACCUGUUCUCUCUUCACCAUGCCUGUCAGAACAGCCAAGGCCUACCUGACUGUUCUAGGUGUACCAGAGAAGCCAGAGAUCGAUGGCUUGACAAAGCCUGCCAUGGAGGGUGACCACAUCACUCUGACCUGCAUCACUCAGGGCAGCAAGCCCGCCGCUGAUCUGCGCUGGUUCAGGAAUGAGAAGGAGGUCAAAGGUGCCAAAGAGGUGAAUGCAAGUGGGAAGACAUUUACAGUACGGAGCUCUCUGCAGCUGUACGUGGACAGAGAUGAUGAUGGAGUGGCCUACACCUGCAGAGUGGACCAUGUGGCACUCACACAGACACCACAGCAGGCCACUGAAGUACUGGAGGUCCACUAUGCUCCUCGUGUGGAGAUCAUCCACUCCCUUGCAAUACCUCAGGAGGGUCAGUACUUAAAGCUGGAGUGUGUGUCCAAAGGAAACCCUUCGCCAGAUCCUGUGAUGUGGACAAAGGACGGGGGUGAACUUCCUGACCUUGACAGGAUGAUUGUAGAGGGGAGGGAGCUCACCUUUACUUCACUCAACAAGACAGACAAUGGCACCUACCGCUGUGAAGCCAGCAACCACCUGGGGACCAGCAGUGCUGAAUAUGUACUCUACGUCUAUGACGCCCCCACCACCAUGCCUCCAUCCACCACUCCCCCCCUACAUCCCAUCCCUCCAGAUCCUACUGAACUAUUAGGCACCCACGCCUCAGACCCCACAGUCACUGGCAACAGAGAUCCCAACGCUCUGGGGCAGCACGGCACUGACCAUGCUUUGAUCGGAGGAGUGGUGGCCGUAGUGGUCUUUGUCACCUUGUGUUUAAUCAUUGUUCUGGGAAGAUACCUGGCCAGGCAUAAAGGAACAUACUUGACAAAUGAAGCCAAAGGAGCAGACGACGCGCCUGACGCCGACACAGCCAUCAUCAAUGCUGAGGGCAACCAUGCACACGCAGAAGAAAAGAAAGAAUACUUCAUUUAGACUGCAGAGGGAGCUAUGCAGCUCUCUCCCUCCCCUUUUCCUCUUUCAGUCUCUGUAUCCCUUUUUCUCACUUUCUGUCUCCUCCUUUUCUUCUCCACCUCUGACCAGUGCCCCUGUCCUGACCACGAGGAACCCGCAGGCAGUCUACAGGAAGGGAAAGUUCCCCAAUCGUUUUCCUGUUAUUGCCUUUUGUUGAGCCUAUUUCUAUCAUUUACAUCUUGUCCUUUAUCUUUUUUUGUUGUUUUUUUUUUUUCUUUUUGGCAGCCAGUUUUCACAGGCAGCUUGCCAAUGCUGUUGAAGUGGUACCCUUUGUCAUAUUUUUCCUCAUCUUUGACAUGAAUUCCUGGAGAUCUGUGUAUCUAUCAUGACUGCUUCUUACAUUGCCCCUUGUUCGUCUUCUCUGCUGCAUCCCUCCAAGCAGACACCCAAACACAUACGAUAUCCCCUUUGUUCACACACAUCCACAAACACAUAUCAUACUUCACAUCAACACGGUGCCUAAAAAAUACAGACGCCAUUGAACUUCUGUCAAUGCCUUCAUGUAUCGUCUGUCAGUAGCAAUGUAAAUGCUUUGUAGAUGGUUAACUGGACCAUCAUUUCAUUGCUUAGCUCACAGUUUCUGAUUAUGCAUUGCAUCUUUUUUAUUUGAAUGAAGAUCUGUGCUGUUUACGCCUUAUACAUGUCUAUCACACUGAAUAUGGUACUUUUAGAUGCUCCACCUCCCCCAACCCCAUCCCUCCAAAUAGACUUGUAAUUAAACAGUUGACCGAUUGUAAGAUAAGAAGAAGGUUUUGUGUAACACUGUAGCAAGGUUUGUCAGACAAGUGUAUAAUAUGAUUUUCGUUAUUAGGGUAAGGGUGAUAAAGGGUAGUGUGGGGUAUUGUUUAUAGCAGAGAAUACACACCAAAAAUAAAUGAAAGAUGCUACAGGAAGCAUUGCAUCAAAUGAACUCAAUCAGUUAUAUAAAACCAUUUGCUAAAUCUGCUGUCCCUAUGUACUUUUGUCUGUAUAUUCCUGCACUGUCCAGGCUGCAGUUUAGCGAAACACCAACACCUUCAGUGUCCUCUUAAAAGCUUACAGUAGUUUGUUAUUCACAUAAAGGGAUCAGGUGUACAGAAAGAGUCAAUCUUCAAAAGCUGUAUAAAUUGUAUUGAAGUGAGUUUAGUUUUUCAGUUUGAAGAAUUUUGUUUAUCUUUAUGUCACAUUGAAAUAAUUUUAAGGCUGAAGGACCUUGUGAAAUGUAAAAUGAACCAUUAAGGAGCUAAAAACAAGUACACAAUUACAGUAUGUACAGGAAUUUUAGUAUUACAUUAAUUUCCCUCGCUCUCUCAGUAAUGUAUUUUUUGGUGAUAACUCUUAGAAGCUUGAGGUCCAGGCAGCUUUCCAUAGUGGUUUGGGUACAAAUUUCUGCUCAUUUACUGGCUCAUAGAAAUCAUAUUAUUACUCAAUAUAAAUAGUAGUAACGUCAGUUUGAUUAAAAUCACAUUUUUUUCUUUGUAUCGUCACCUAUAAAUUUCUGUUUAACUUGUUUAUAAUAAUUUAGUUAAACUGUAGAUAUCACCAACACAUCGCACACGCCCACCUCUUAAACUUCAUAACCACUCUUCUCAGUUCAAUUUGCUCUCCAUGAACUGAAUUUUGAUUUCCAUUUCAUGGGGUCUUCAAGCAAAAAAAAAAAAAAAGAAAAGAAAGAAAGAAAGACAAAAAAGGACAUAGUGUUUGAGUACUGGGCCAUAGGUCUGCAGGAACCUCCUUUCCAAAACUAAAAGCUGAAGACAAAUAGAGAAGCACAAAAAUGCCUGAAUGAGUAUCUGUAUUCCUUUGCCAACAGCUAGAUCACCUUGGGAAUGGUUCCUCUAUUCAAAUGGGUAGUGGAAAGAUGACAAGGCUGUCUCUGAUUUAAGUCUGGAAAAAAAAAAAAAAGAUACAGUUCAUCUUUUUGAAAAUGUAAGCUGAAUCGUGUUUUUUAUAAAAAAAAAUGUUUCUAAUAUUUUUAGUUUAAAUGGUUCUAAGCUCCCUGCUGUAUAUUGUGUCUGCUAAAAUGUGGUUGAUUGUGAAAAUUGCUGUUAAAUUCUGGAUUCCCGUAUUCCUUCAAAUUUGUAUAUUAGCCACCUUAUCUAUUUACUUUUUGAUUUUUCAUUUCAUAAUCCUUAUUAGAAAUCUUUUAAACAAAUGUAUUUUGUUUUGGCACAAGGCAUGUAUAUAAUGUGUGAGAACUAAACUUUGGUAAUGCACAUUAGCAUGUUUUUGGUUGUUUAUCAUUCUUAAUUUAUUUGAACUGAGGUUAUUUAGGAGAGAAACCACAAAGAAAGUAUAUUUGUAACUUAAAAUUGGAGAAUAGUGGCUUCUUGUGUUUGUGGUGUGCUCUUAGGUUUUACAGAUCUAAAGGACUUGGUGUUAUAGAAAAUAUGAUUAUCAAAAUCGAAAAAAAUUCAAAAUCCAAUGAAACUAAUGUGGAAAAAAAAUUACGGUGUCCUGUGCAAUGGCCUUUUGUCCACAGAAACAGAAGAAAUUGUGCAUCUGUCUCAACCAAAUCCUUAAAAUGCAAAUUGGAAUUGAGAUAUAUCAAUAGAAACAUUACUUUUAUGUAGGAGGCAAUGGAAGUUUCACACAGACCUAGACAAACAUAACAUAUCCUAGUAAACAACUUGUGUUUCUUUUCAUAUGUCCCAGCUCUUCGCCUUGCGUCAGUUUGCAGGAAUUUGGUUGAUUUACUCCCCUGUGGAAGAGUGAUAAACACUGUGGCCCCUGAAAUGAAAGACUUAAAGGCAAAGCACUAAUCUGCUGAAAGGGAGUAAAUUAUUACCAAGGGCAAUACUAUAGUGGGCCCAGCUGUCUCCAAUUCAGUGGCCAAUUUACAACAUUAUGCAAAUGAGGUCAGCAAGUAAGGUCUUUCUCUAUGUGUUAUAACUCAAGCAGUGCUGGAGUGAAGCACAAGUUGUGAAUCAUGCGAUCGAUCACCUCAGUUUCUGCCUAUCACCACCGAUGCAGGCUUUAGGUUGCCCCUUAAUAAAUCCUUUUUUUAGAUGCAGAUGUUUUUUCGCCACAGUUUGACAAAUUCAGUGCACUUCAGUCAAUACAGCAUUUACAGGUGUAACUUCAGCCUCCCCAAAAACCUUCAGUAGAUCCAGACUAAAGUGUUCUAGACUGGCUCUGGUCUUUAGAAACCUUCUGUAUCACGUUUGUAAAAAUACAUCUGUCAAAUACAUCUAUCUUCUUUUUAGUUUUUAUUUCCAUGCAGUUAUUUUAAUUGUGUCUUAAAUUCACAUUUUCUGUUGCUUUAUGUCUGUGUACCCAUCUUAGAAAUAAGAGAGUGGUUGAAUGGAUUUGUUGAUUCUGAAGUCAGAGAAACAGGCUGUUUUAUAUUAAAUGAACACGCAUAAAUAAACAGGUCUGCAGUGAUGAGUUGGUGUUUGUAUUAGAAAUGAAACAGGUGCCAUUUACUAAAAUAUGCACUCUGACUAAUUUGAUGGAAUUUUUUUAGUAAGUGGUGAAAUGUGGUUUUUUUGUUGUUGUUGUUGUUGUUUGUUUUUCUUCCUGAAAACCACAUGUAAAUAUUUGUUUUGACAUGACAGUAAUGAGCUAAUUUGUCGCAAAUGGCUUUUGAAGAUAGUUAGACCAAACCUUAAUCUUUUUUAAUUUGUUAUUUUAACAGCCGGGCACAUACCAUCAUGCACUAUUUUACUAUGAUAAAAUCAAUUGUAGCUCUGGUAAAUCUUGGGGUCAGUUAUUAGUCAUAUUUCUUUGUUGUUGUUGGUUGAAAAGAAGCUUUAAACUUGUUGCCUCCUUGCUUUCCUAUAUCAUAUUCAUCGAUUUGGUUAAUAUCCACAACACCAUGGGCUUCUAAUUUCAUCCUGGCGGCAAGACAGUGACAGAACUAAUGCAGUCACAGUGGCAUUUUUACUGGGCACAAGUCCAUUCUUGAGACUUUUUUCUAUGUUUGGUAAAUACCUGGCUCCAAAUGAACCCACUUUAUUAGACUGAAGGUGGGAGUGAUGCAGUUGAGGUUACGUGUUUCUGCAGAUUAAGCAGUGCGUACUGGUAGUAAUAUAAAAUUGUAAACUAUUUUGUGAACUAUUUUCAUGUUGGUGAAGGCCCAUACAGACCUGUACAAAAUCACAAAAAAAACUUUGUCUGCUGAGUUUAGCCUCUUUCACUUUUAAUUACCUUUUUUAAUCACACAAAUUUAAUCUAACACAGAUUUAAAUGCACAUAAAAUACAUCUUUUAAUGUGAUUAAAGCGGUUUGUAAUGGGUUAGAUUGAUAGGUGAUUUAUACCGAUACUGUCUCACAACUACUUGUGGAUUGUAGGAUCAUUCUGUAAACCUUCAGACAUCAUGCGGCAGCAGGAAUCACAUGUGUAUGCUCCAGGCAACAGACAACAAUACUAAUAAUAAUAACUAAUUUCAUCACACUUAAAGCUAGUGUCAUUGUCGACUAAGUGCACUGAUAUCAUUAUCUUAUAAAAUAGUUUUAAUGAAAUGUGAAAUCAGCCAAAAAAGGGGACAUCAGAACAUCCUCGGAUGCAUACUUGUUUACUUGUGCCUUGUGACUCUGCACCUCCAGUUUGCUCCUUUGUCCUCCUCCUGCCUGUCUGCUGCUUUUAAAGAGAGAUGAGACGAGCCGAUGUGAUUGGUGAUUACUGAGGCUUAUCCAAACUCCACUUGCUGAUACUGCAUUGUGUAUUCAUCCCGCUACAGCCUUUUCACCACACUGCACUGCCCCUGGAGCACAUCUGGUCACAAAACAUUGCAGUCAGUCAGGCACACUAGCGAGUUUACACUAGCGAUUGCACUUGUCCUCAGUUUUAGGAAAUUAGAGGCCCGUGUCAAUUAUAGAUAUCGACUCUGAAUCCCUGAUUGUAAAGGGAUGGAUAUGAAAGUAAUGGCCGCUUUGAGUCACAAUAUAUCUAAAAUAUUUCCUUUUUUAACUGUAUUGGUUUACAUUUUGUUUUAAUUCAUGCUCCUCAUUUGUUUACCACAGCAGUGAUGAUAGCAUGACAUGGCCCAGUCCAGUCCUGUCUCUCCUCCUCUGACCCUUCAUAUGUCUUUGCCAUACAGUUUGCCUUUAGCGCACUUCUUUGUUCCUCUGCAGUAUUGACACUAGACUCAAUCAGCCCAAUCUUUGCAUUGUCACAGUGAUACAACAACAUGUGACACAGUCGCAUGUAGUGAUGUUUUUUCUUUUCUACUUUUUCAUUAUAUCUGUUUCUUUUGUUUUGCAUCUCAGGAAUAUUUUUCAUUCAGAGAUUUUUUUUAGUUUGUUUGGUUUCUGUCUUAAAAGGGGGACUUGUGAGCACUUCUCACUCUGCUAGUCCCUGUAUGCUGACACCAUGUAUUUGUUGAGUUUAAGAUUAUCACAAUGUCAAUAAAAUUAUUCAGUGAUUCUUCAGUAAUUCUGUCAUCUUGCCGUCUUUGGGAUAUUAGACUUAAGACGUAGUUCUUUGAUAUGAUCACUGACUUGAAAUACUGAGAUUUAGAAAUAUGCUGCAAAUAAUCAUGAGUUUCAUUAAGGAUAGUGGUUGUGUUUAUACACAAUGUUAUCUAAUUUUAGCUUAUGAUAUGUAAGCGGUUCAAUGCUUUUGUCCUCUGGUUCUUUUUUUUUGUGUCAACACGCAUCUUUAUGUAUAUCAGUCGUCAGAUGAAAGGAGUUGUAAUGCACUAUCACUCACUAAAUACAAAAUAUCCACAGUAAAGCUCAGUAAAGAUCAGGAUUAGAGCUAGACGUGUUAGUUCAGCUUCUGAUGUACCUUGGUGAAAUAAAAGGUUUCAUAUCAAGAUGUACUAAGAGGGUUUGAUUUGACAUAUAGCACCAUAAUGGAGGUGUUUUUUUCCCAUUAUCUGUGGGAUUCAUUAUAUUUAAUUUAGAGGUUCUCAUGUAAGAAAUGGAAAUUGU